AUGUUUAUGUUUUCUCUUCCUUUCUCAAAGAAAGUUCUUCUUUUUUUUUUCCUUUUUCUUGAAAAAAUAUGGGUAAUGUGACGUCAAACAUGGCGGCUAAGUUCGCUUUCUUCCCACCGCCACCAACAUACGACGUUAGUAAAAACGAGGAGACCGGAAUGCUUAUGUUCACCGGGAUUACCCCGGAGAAAAGCAUGGAUGUUCAUCAGCUCACCACCAAAUCCGGUAACAAAGUCAUUGCCACGUUUUGGAAACACCCUUUUGCUAGAUUCACUAUUCUUUAUUCACAUGGCAAUGCCGCGGAUCUUGGCCUAUUGGUUGAUCUCUUUAUCGAGCUUCGGAUUCAUCUCCGCGUCAACAUUAUGAGCUAUGAUUAUUCAGGCUAUGGAGUUUCAACUGGCAAGCCAACUGAGCGCAAUACGUAUUACGAUAUUGAGGCUGUGUACAAUUGCUUAAGGAGCGAGUACGAUGUCAAGCAAGAGGAAUUGAUUCUGUAUGGUCAAUCUGUUGGAAGCGGACCAACGUUGCACUUAGCAUCUCGGUUGAGGAGACUAAGAGCGGUUGUUCUUCAUAGCGGAAUUCUCUCUGGCCUUAGAGUUCUGUAUCCUGUAAAAAUGACAUUCUGGUUCGAUAUGUACAAAAACAUUGACAAGAUACGCCUUGUGACAUGCCCUGUUCUUGUCAUACAUGGAGCAAAAGAUGAUAUUGUCGACAUUUCACACGGGAAGCGAUUGUGGGAACUUGCAAAGAACAAGUAUGAUCCGUUGUGGGUUAAAGGAGGAGGGCAUUGCAACUUGGAGACAUACCCUGAGUACAUCAAGCACAUGCGAAAGUUCAUAAACGCAAUGGAGAAACUACUUCUCAACAAUCCGCCAAACCAACAACAAAACGAUGAUCCAAGCAUCAAGAAAACUAAGCAAAAUUGCUGCUUCAGAUUCAAGAAAAGCUAGAGCUGGAUUAUGAAGAAAAGACGACAAGACAAUUGCGAACAAGACAUCAUCUUUGACUCUUUGUAGGAUUUAGCCUUGUAAAAAUCCCAAAUAUUUGGAAAUUUCCAAACAACAAUACUUUAUCAUUUACUUGUAGUUGAAGCAACAAUACAAAGAAGCUCCAAACUUUUUCCCGACGCAUUCAUAUCAACAGAAAAAGGAAAGAUCUGAAUGCGUAAUCCCGAAACAGAAACAACAACGAACAUACUAAAACAGAGAAAGAGCCAAAAGUCGAUAAUACUUA